AUGAAGGCGCUUCUGUUAGCAGCGCUGACGCUAACUCUAGUCAGUCUGGCUUUCUGCAUUCCAGCAGCAGCAAGGAAUGGCAGAUCCACACAAGCCUCAAGUCGAAGUAGAGGAGUGAAGAUCGCUGGUGAAUCGGAGAAGGCAGUGGUGAAAAAUGGGCUUCAAAAUUCAGAAAGGGAACCCGUUAGAUAUCUCAUCGAAUCUCCCAGUGUUGGAAUCAUUUCUACGAACCAGAACGCAACAGAUGGUGUCAGGAAGAGUAGAAAAAGUGAAGAGAAGAGUAGAAGUCGUGGGAAGAAGAGGAGGACAGAAGGCACUGUAAGCCCUACCACAACCACCACAACAACACAAGCUACUGAAAGCACUGAAACAUCGGAAAGUGACUUUGUCUUCGAGAAUGACAAAACCGUUCAACAUGUAGAUGAAGAAGAACCUGUGGAUGAAUCGACAAAACCACCGCAGAUUGGCGAUUCUAAGGAUGUAACAACUGAAAGUGCUGUGACCACAAACAAAGUGAAUACCGUGGAGGUGACGAGUCAAAGCAAGCCAGUAACUUCAAAGAAGCAGGAAUUCGACGAGAAUGUGCCAGAACCAGCCUUUGUUGACGGAUAUCAUGAAUACUGGCCACAAUUUAAUGACUUCCAGGAGAGCCUUCCUGAUUAUUCCAUGCCGCAAAUGGAAGCGCUUCAAUACGAACCUCCGUUGGCAAGUUGGAAUUUCAAUGAGCUGCAUAACUUUUAUCCAUUACCACUGCUAGAAGAGAGUUUGCCAUGGAGCCCCUUUCGAGAUCAACUGUACGAGACUCCCGACUAUUCAAUGUGGUCAGAAGAGGAGCAGUUCUACGAAAUUGAACCGUACUGGUGGAAUGGCGAGGUGAGUACCAACGAAGGCAAGUGUAAUAGCAAGACAAAGAAGAAGACGGCAACAACGACGACUACGACUUCAACGACAACAACAAGGGUGACAACGACAGCGGCGACAACAACGUCAAGCUCCGUUGUCACAGAACCAACAACAACAGCGACAACAUUUCCAACCACCACCACUACUACUGCUGCCGAGACUACAACUGUAACGCCAAUUCCAAACCCAAGUUCAACCUGGCAGGGGAUUGAAGAUCUGUUGGAAACGUACAAAUUGGAUGUGACGAAUGACGCCGAUGCUUCGAGUCGUGGGCAGUUGACAAAGCUGUUUCAUGAAAUCCUUCAACAGUAUGAACCCCUUCUGAAUGGUUCUGGCAAUAAGAAGGCGGAGUAG